AUGCGCGCGAGGCGCCCCGCCCGGCGCUGGACCGGCUGCGACCGCGCCCGCGGCGCCCGUGAUCGCCGCCGCGUCGCGCGCUCCCCCGCCGCGCCGCCCGCCGCCCGCCUGCAGCCCCCGCGCGCCCCGCCCCCGCUCGCCGCGCCGGCGAGCCGCGCGCCCGCUGCCACCAGCCGCGCGCCCUCCGCGCAGCGAGGCCACCGCGCGCGUCCGCGCACCGCCGCCCGCGACGCGCGCCCGUCGCCAGCGCGGCGCGCCGCCCCCGGGGUGGAAACUUCUCGCCGCGCCCAGACUCGCCGCAAACAACGGCAUCCCGCUCGACGAGCGCCGCGGCGCACCGCCCGCUCCGCCACGCCCGCCCCGCGCCGCACCCUCGCGCGGCGCCCGCGCCCCGGCGCCGCGCUGCCGCGCGCUCCGCCGGCCCGCCGCAGCCCGCGUGCCAGCCGGCCGACGCGCGCUGUCCCGAUCAGCCGCCGCACCGACCGCUGCGCCGACUGUCCCGACGCCGCGAGCAACGCCCGCCCCGCGCGCAACCGCCCGCACACCCGGCCGCUCCGUACGCCCGCUACCGCCGCUGCGCCGCCGCGCGGCGCUGCGCGCCGCAGGCCACGCCGCCGCAGCACGUCACGGCGCGCGCGCGCUCGCGCAGCUGCCGCUGUUGACCAGCUCGCUCCGGCUGAACGGCCCGCACGACACGCGCAAUCGCGCGCCGCGCCUAGCGACUCAGCCCCGCGACGCGCCACCAGACGGUGCCCGCCGCCGCGCCUCGGCGUCCGCGCCAGCGCUCGCAGCGGGCGCCCGCGUCCGACACGCUGUCGCGCGCCCGCCGCUCGUCGCGCCCGCUUCGCGGACGCGCCCGCGCGCCCGGCCGCGCGUUCUUUGGCACUAUUUCAACUGAUUGUACGCUACGUUACCUACACUGCGAGCGGUGGCUUGCUUCCACCAGUGAUGAAGGUCGAGGACCUCCCAAUCUAUUCCGAUUAUCCUGAAAACAAUGUGGAAUAUCGGCUGGAGGUUAGACCCGAAGGCUUUAUUCAGUCGAAGCUCAUCAAAUUCAUAAAACCUGUGAGAGUGCAGUUCCAGAAGUGGUUUGCAUGUUUUGAGCAAUCUACGGAGCAAAGGGUGACCCAAGCGUCAAUUACCAGCAAAUCCAUUUACCAACGGAUUCGAGAUGAGCCCAUCAUUCUGGCUCGUGGCGGCUUCAUAACUCUAUGUGGUUUGGGUGGUGUCAUCAUGGGAUACAGAGGUGGCACUUUCCGCAAAAUUUCCUACGCAACUCUGUCCGCUACUCUUGCCACUGCCGCCUGUUACCCCUCCGCCACCUACAACUACGGGGUUCGAGCUUUGAAUUUCGGUAGCACCAAGUUCCUUAAUUGGAAAGAAGAGUUAACGAAAAAGGUGGGUGCAUGA